AUGUACCAGAAAGCUGCAAAGUCCCUGGCCACCCGCAAUGGCGCGGUCCUCAGCCGCACUCACCUCAUUUCUGCCGCAUUGCACCUGCUCUUCCUCCUGUUGCACUUCAGCUUCCAGCGCCCUCGCUCCCUGAAGCCUUACUUCUUCUUGGCAGUGCCAACACUGGCCAUCGAAUAUUACCUGGACCGCAUGGGUCGGCCCCGUUAUAAUGAGGAUGGCUCCCUCCGUUCCGCGGGUGAGGAUCUCAAUGCCACCGGCCUGACUGAGUACAUGUGGGAUGUCCUGUACUGGACACAGGGCUGUAUUGUCGCUGUUUGUCUCUUCAAUGACCGUGCCUGGUGGUUAUGGACCGUGAUCCCACUGUACUCCGUAUAUGCCGCUUAUACUACGGUCAUGGGUGUCAAAAAGGGAUUCGCGGGAAUGACCGGUGGUGGUGGCGGCGAAGACGCUGAUGCCCCAAAGAGCAAGACGCAAAUGAAGAAGGAAAAGAGGGGCUCUACUAUGAAGUACAGGUGA